CUCAUCUUUACGCAAGCCCCGAUGUUCGAUCCCAGGAACUCACUGCACUCUAAUGCAUUAUCUACGGAUAGUUUUCCUGGAAAAGAACAUGAGAAAAAUCCUUCUGGUGAACAGGGUUCAAACGAGGAUAGCGAUAAAAAUUCCAGUAAAGGUGUAACCAAUGCAUCAGAAGGUGUGCCUGGAAGUGGAGGUUUCCUUUCGCCGAGUCGGCGUAAAAGGGGAGAACGCUUCGGUUCGAAUCCUGGAGAAAAAGAAAAUGUCAAAGCGUCGAGCAAGGAGGCCAUCAGUAAAGAAUACAUACCUAUUGCCGACGCAUCCAGCAGAGAAGCGAGAGGCUCCUUUUCAAUGAAGGACAGCGGUGAAAUAGAGGCUGCAUUUCAAGGGCCCAGCGCAUAUAAUGUCAGAGUGAAGCGACAAAGCAAUGCGGUAGUGAGAAUUGAGUGUGACGGGGAUGAUUUUUCUGGAGAUAUUUUAAGUAAGUAUCUGUGGUGAGGUGGUGUAAUAAGGGCUGUUAGUGUAAUGAUGGGUGUGGGUGUAAUGAAGGGUGUGGGCGUAAUGAUGAGUGUGGCCGUAAUGAUGGGUGUGGGCGCAAUGAUGGGUGUGGGCGUAAUGAUGGGUGUGGGCGUAAUGAUGGGUGUGGGCGUAAUGAUGGGUGUGGGCGUAAUGAUGGGUGUGGGCGUAAUGAUGGGUGUGGGCGUAAUGAUGGGUGUGGGCGUAAUGAUGGGUUUGGGCGUAGUGAUGGGUUCUGAAAUAAAAUAAUGGCAUUGAGUAGAAUUAUAUAUUAAAACGUUAGAUUAAACUCUAUUGGGGAACAUUUUAGCUUGUUCAAACUUUUAUGUUUUUUUUCUUAUUUUGUUUUUUCUUUCUUACAUUUUAAGUUGGCGUGAGUUUCAUUUUCAAUAAGAGUCUUACCGUAAACGAUUACAUGGAAGGAACGUCUGAAAAUCAACAACUAAAAACGGAUAUCGCCCACUCUGUGAGUAUGGCUAAGAAUUCCAUUGUGUUGUUUUUGCUUUUUGUUUAAAUUUUUACAAUAUGUAAUAAGGACACAUAAAAAAAACCGGGUACUCUGUUUUUAUAAGUCAUUUUAAUUCAAGGCCCUAGAAGAGAAUGGAAAUUAUUGCUUACCAACCAUGACAACUUUUUUUUUUCUUCGUGGGAGAAGCGGUUGAAGCUAAAACUAAAUGGCAAUAUAUUUUUUUUUCCACCACACGUUUAUGACAUUGCAAAGAGAUAUACAAGUAAUUUUGUACUACAUCUGAAGAGACUUGUUCAUUUUAUUUGUAUUUUUCUAUAAUGUAAGAGUUCAUUUUAAUCUAUGACAUCGUCUUUUUUUCCAAUAAAAUAUUAGAAGAUGAUCAGGUAUUGUUUUCGAUUGCUUCCAUUUCUGCUUAUCUUCUCAUCUCCGUUCAAUGUUCUGACAUUCAUAAUGGAAAAUACAUCUUCAAGAUUUCAUACAACGAAUGUUUUGUUACGAUAGAGAGUUCUUUUUCGAUGUGCACGCAGGAAUUAAAACGUGAAUGUAAAGCUGUGACGCUUAACAUGAACAUUACCUUUUGACUUCUACUCCGUUUUCUUUUCCCUUUUACCAGGAAUGGGGGUGGGGGCAACGCGGGAGGGAGAGGGCAGCCGAAGGUUCUUGUUGUGGAUGUGUAGGGUGUCCUUAAAUCACACAUCCACCGGAGUUAUGAUCUUCCACUGGCCCUAAAACGGGGGGUACUUGCAGGUUGGUUUGACAGGCCUUCUGACCAGGUGGCAAAACAGAUUCACUUGCUGCUUAUUUCGUUUUAUUUUUCCCGGUUCCGAAUGUUAUCGCUUUUCGUUUGACCAGCCGGUCGCCUAAACAAACAACUCAUUCCGCAUGUGAGGAUUAUUUUCUUUAAACUCUUAUUUAAUACCUUGGUUUGGCUCUGUUGACUAAGCUUAGGGGGGAAAAAACAUUCCUUUUAAUUAGCUUGGCGCUGAUCUUCAGAUUUGUUCAUUUGUGUCUUAUUAGCGGAGCUAUUGGUUAGCUGACUUCAUUAACCCUCAGCACACUUUUCUAUAAAUAACCAUCUAUAUUUUUUUCGACCGCGGCAAAAGGGCUGGCCAAAUUUUUAACCUGCUUAUGUUGAAAGAGCAGCUGACCACUAAUGAUUAUGUCAAGUUGUACUGUUUGUUAUUGUAGUAGAGCUUGCUGACAUGUCCUCAGUCUGAUCUUAGCCGAUUUUCAUUCCUUACGGUGGGGAAAUAUAACGUAAAUAUAAGUUGUGAUUUAUAACUUAAAUAUAAGUUGUGAUUUAUCACGCCACUAACGCAAGGACAACGUAUUACUUAAUAAAGCGAAAAUCUCGAUUUUACCGAAAAACGUGAAAAUAACUUUGUAGAUAAUAUUUUAAUGCCCUUUUCCGGUAUAGAUUUCUAUUUAAAGACAUUAUCACUGGUAAUUUUAGGGCUAAAUGAUACAGCCAAUGGUAUAACUAAAUGUCAAGAAAAUAGAUGAGUAUGCAGUAGCUAAUAUUUGCACUUUUUGCUUUUCAGCUAAAAGUUAUCCUGGAACCUUACAUAAACAAAGAUUUUUCUGGAGUUGAUUUUAAUCUUGACCUGAACGUGACAAGUGUAAGGUAAUGUACCCUUAACUCACAAGUUUAAGUUUUAACAAGUCGCACAUUUUUAUAUAUUUCAAUUUUUCAUUUAAAUAAUUAUUUUAUUUAGAAACUAUUUUAGAAAUAAAUUAUCUGUGGUAUUAAGUUUAAGUUUGGUUGCCAAUCAAAUAUAUUUAUUAAACCUUUCAUUUCAAUGCACCCUUUUUGGAAGUACUUUUGUGAGAAUAUUUUCAAAUGUGAAUAUGAUCUUAAUUUGGCUACUUUUAUGAUUACAACAUACAUUUCACCAACACGUCUUGGCACUGUCAGGGAACCAGAUGGAUGUCUAGCACACUCACAUGCUUAUUUCCGAAGUAAAACAUAAUUAUUAUGAAUGGUGUAGGCCGAUCUUGGGAUUUCAAGACAGGGCAUCAACCAAGGGUGCCCAUACAUUAUUCCGUAUGCUCGGAGCGCACAGAAAAAACGCAACACGAAUUAGACUGAGUCCAUCACUGUUGCUUUGGGAUGUAUCAAGAAUUUUAAUAUUACAUUGAUCAUGGUUGUCCUGGCUAAGAAUGUUAGCAAUGUUUUUUUUUUCCUCCAAACAAAUCAAAUCCCCUAUUAUAAGAUAUACACACUUAAUGUUUGUGUCAACAUUUUACAAGAAACUUUGAGCUUAAAAACAUGAUGAUGACCAAAAGGAAUAUAUGUCAAAAUAUGUCUUCAAUCCUUGACAUAUAUCCAUACUUAAUCAGAGCUAUCAUUACGCAUUCCCGUCUCAAAGUCAAAUUUGCAAAACAGGUUAUUGACUAGAAAGGCUUGGCUGUCCAAUAGUGUUGUCUUUUCAGCUUUUGCGAUAUAAGUGAUUAGAAGGGUCAACUAAGAUCCCUACACCGUAAUUUACGGUCAGGUAUAUUUCUCCAUCAAAUAUUAGGUGUGCCUAUAGUGACAGUGGCAGAGACCCGUUACACCCUCUUCUAAGAUAUCACCGUUGUUACUUUAAAAUGUAUUUUUUUUUUUUAAACGUCCUGUUUUUAUUUACAGAUCAGACGGCCAGGUUUUAGUCGACAUCACUGUUGCAGACAACCAAACCGGAAAUUGUUUGAGCGAAAGGGUCGAUGCUGAUGUUCGGCUUUCCAUCGCCUAUGCCCUGAUCGAACUGGACAAAGUCCCAUGUCUGAAAAUCGGAUCUGAAGUAUACGAUAUCGGUUAUCCUCAGAUCGAACCAAACAAAUUCCUACAAAAUCAGUUGAGUACGUAUUGCUUUUUUUUUGUGAGGUAAUAUUUAUGAGUGAUCUUCGAAUUCCAGGUAUCAUUUACUCGUCUGUAUCUCCAUUGUGAUCUGAGUGUUUAUAAUAGUGUGCAGCUCCUGUCAGAAUCGUGUCUGUUCUUGCUAAUCUUCACAACUGAGUUAAAUAGAAAGAAAAGGGGACCAAACCAAAAAGCGACCGUUGUAUUACCCGUUGGCCCGAUGUGAAUGAAUUAAAGGUUUAGUCAUGUUUUUACCGAAAUAGGGCGAACACUCCACCAUGGGCUUUUUAAAGGUUUUUAGGAACAGUUAAAAUUUGAAAGAGAAAAUGUACUUACGUUAAAAAAAAAAAAAAAACUGGGUUAAAAGCGACCGUUUUAUUACCCGUUGGCCCGAAGUGAAUGAAUUAAAGGUUUAGUCAUGUUUUUACCGAAAUAGGGCGAACAAUCCACCAUGGGCUUUUUAAAGGUUUUUAGGAAAAGUUAAAAUUUGAAAGAGAAAAUGUACUUACGUUAAAAAAAAAAAAAAAACUGGGUGAGUUUUAGAGGGGAAAAUAUUUAGAUUAUUCUGUUAUUGUGAGUGGUUUUUUUAAUAUUUUAUAUUUCUUUUUUUUUCAAAUUAAUUUAGUAUAUUGCAUUUCAAAUGUAUAUUAUUUUUGUUUUUUUCAAUUCAAAUUUAUAAUUAAUUUUUACACGUUCAAUUCUAAUACUUAGAAUCUUGAGGCCUAAAUAGAAGACACGACUUAUGAUAAAAAGUCUCAUCCAGACCUGUUUACCCUCAAACACUUAAAAUCGUACAAUAUCAUCACAAAAUCGUUCAAGUAUACAUUAUCUUAAUAGUAAAAAAUAACCAUACAGUAUAUAUAUGAUGUAUACACCUCAAAAUCGUACAUUGUACGCCAAAAUCGUAAACAGGUCUGCUUAUCUAAAUAAUUAUUAAAACAUUUAAAAGAAAAAAAUGUUUCAAUGAGGCAAAGGCGAGCAACCCGUGGGGACAACACAAAUUAUGCCAUGCAAAUAAGCAAACACUUGAAGCAUUUAGUGACAAAGAAGAACGCCCUUAAAAAAACAAUACGUUCUUCACUCACAUGAGGUUUUCGACACAUCAGAGUUUAGUCAACUCGAAUCACGCACUUGAUCAUACUACUCCCAUAAUUUGACCUUAUUGCAAAGGAGAAAGCGUCUGUAUUACAACAGAAUGGUAUAUGAUUCCUGAUGAUAUGGAUUGGGGGGGGGUAAGGGAGUUGCAGAGGAGGCUAGGGAGGCGGUAGUGUCCAACGUCAUGAACAUAUGGCACACCAGAACAUAUGGAGACUGUUUGCCAACGUACUAGCCGGGGCUUUAAGUUAAAGAGGGUACGCUCAAGCCUCAACCAGAUGUUUGCUUUUAUUUUGAAUAUAUCCCGCGAUGCCCUCAGCUCUGAACAAAAUGAAAUGUUUCUGAGGCAAUAUACUCCGCAGCGUUUGAAAUCGGCAAUAUGCUAGAGGAAAAACGAAUCACUUCUUCUUUCUGCCUUGACAGGAGAGGCAUUGAGGGGGUGUAAAAAUUGUCAAUCGUCCAAAAGGUGUGAAACCUGCCGAAGGUUCAAGUUAUGUUACACUCGACCCUCUUAUUUCUAUAUUCUGUCCAUCUUUUCGGUUUUAAUUUUUAAUCACUCACCUUAGAAAAUAACUAUUUAAAAUAUGAACUUGAUAAUUUGCUAUAUUUUUAUUUUAUUUUAUCCUAAAAGGUGUCGAAACAUUUGAUUUUACUGAAACAACAUCUCAUGCCACACACAGUAAAUUUGUAGGCUAAAUUUUAAACUAUUUUUUGCUUAAAAUAUAUAUUUUUUUAAAAUCCCCCAGUUCCUGCUGUGUGUGUGACGUGUAGCAGUCAUCACAACUGUACACAGAGGCACGACAACGACUGGUUCUGUCAGUAAGUAAGACAUUCAUAUAACAGGGUGUCAGGUAUCAACUAUACAACAAAAGCCCAAGAAAUGUUUCUGAGUAAAAGAUAAAAACAAUACAGUGGUGUUUGGGUUAAUCGUUUCUUCAUUACAAUAAUGCUUUUGUAUUAAAUCUCAACUUUCAGUGCAUAGUCAAUAAUGAUACAAUUUGUCACAGAUAAAGUUAAUGAGCGACUAAUAAGUGGUAAAAACCUAUGUUUUAAGUCAGUGUCUGCAAGCCUCUUUGCCAUUUUAUAAAUUGUGUCGUUUGGUACAAAAUUGUGGGAACCUCAGGGAGUAAGUGUUGUUUAAGAUCGAACGUAUCUUGUAGAAAAAAAUAAAACAUUUAUAUUCGGAAUAUUAUGUAUUUUAAAAACCACCAAUAUAAUAAAUGAGUAUAUAUUUCCGUUGAAAACUUAUUGAAUACAAUAUUCAGUAGCUUGAAUUGCUCUGUGAUAAAGUCAUUUGUAACUCUAAAAGUAUUUUGAAAAGUGCAGCAAACUGUGAAUUAGAUUUUCAAUUUAUCUAUUGCGUUGUGAUUUUCUCAUUGUAAGAUUAUUUUUUUGUCUACCUCAACUGAAAAAUUAUAAAAGGCUGCUGCAGUUUUAUUGUUUAAACAAAAUGUGCACGCAAUUUUUUUUUCACUAUAAACUAAAACGGGAUUUUUUUUUUUUCCUUUAGAAGAUAAUAUCCUCCUUUGGGCUUACUUUUGAAAAAAAAAAUGUUUUUUGAAUUUACAUUUCCAAUACCAUUUACAGGGACACUGUGUUUUGGAACAGGGCAACCAGACAGUGAUCCCUUUAAACAAACGGGAGUUGGUCAAUGGCUAUAUGCUAUUAACGAUGCUGAGUUAUAUAGAGAGUUUUUAGACAAUAAUGAUUAUUAUCAUCAUGCAACCCAACUUUUGUUGUCACAAAUCUUCUUCUUCUUCUAUAUCUUAAGGGCCCACGAUCAAUUUAUUGAUCAUUUUGGCUCCUAUGCAUGUAGAUGGGAUUUGCAAUGUUUCUGUUCCUGGUGUUGAUG